AUGGACGAUAUGGAAUUAUUAGAACGUUUGUCAGCUCGCUCUGUGUAUGUGACUGAAACGCAUCAGGAGUUCCAUCUUUGGAUUACAGAACUUGAAGAAGCCUCUAACUGUGAUGAAUCAGAGUUCUCGGCAGAACAAUUUGAAAAACCAGGGAAACCGACUAAGAAAGUUAUGUCAAAGUUAUCAAGAACCAGAACCAAGAACCAGAACCAGAACCAGAACCAGAACCAGAACCAGAACCAGAACCAAGAACCAGCACCGAAACCAGAACCCAGAACCAAGACCAGAACAGAACCAGAACGAACCAGGAUCAGAACCAGAACCAGACCAGAACCAGAACCAGACCAGAACCAGAACAGACCCCGGAACCAGAAGAACCAGAACCAGAACCGACCAGAACAGAAACCCCAGAACCAGAGUCUCCCGAAGCCACGGUGGGUGGUUUAUGACGCUAGUGCUCUGGCAUUCAUAGCCUCAAUUCAGGUUGGUACUAUGAUCCAAGACAGGACCCACUGGAGGGGGAGACAACCGGGACACCAGGAGGGGGAAGAACAGCGACCACCAGGAGGGGAGAACAGGACCACCAUGAGAGGGAGAACGGGACCACAGGAGGGGGAGAACGGGACACCAGGAGGGGGAGGAGAACCAGGGACCCAGGAGGGGAGAACCAGGACACCAGGAGGGGGAAGAACCAGGAACCAGGAGGGGGAGAACGGGGACCACAGGAGGGAGGAGAACCAGGACCACCAGGCGGGGAGAACCAGGACCACAGGAGAGGGAAGAACAGGACCCCCAGGAGGGGGGGCACCGGGACCACAGGAGGGGGAGAACAGGACCCCACCAGGAGGGGAACCAGGACCACCAGGAGGGGGAGAACCAGGCACCACCAGGAGGGGGAGAACCGGGACACAAGGAGGGGGAGGAGACCCAGGCACCAGGGAGGGGGAGAACAGGUCACAGGAGGGGAGAACCUGGGACCACCGGGGGGGCGAAAAAAAGACAGGACCACCAGGAGGGGAGAACCAGGGACACCAGGAGGGCGGAGGAACCAGGACCACCAGGAGGGGGAGAACCAGGACCACAGGCGUGGGAGAACCAGGCCCACCGGAGAGGGAGAAAGGGAACCCGGGAGAGGAGACGAGGACCACAGGAGUGGGAGAACCGACCACCUGGAUGAGGCGAGAAACCAGGACCCCAGGAGGGGGCGCACCAGGGACACCAGGAGGGGAGGGGGAGAAACAGGACCACAAGGAGGGGGUGGAGAACCAGACCCAGGCGGGGGCGAACCGGGGGACCACCAGAGAGGGGGAGAACAGGACACCAGGAGGGGGAGAAACCGGGACCACCGGAGGGGGAGAACCGGUCCCCGAGAGGGAGAACGGGACCACCAGGAGAGGGAUAAAACAGGAGCACCAGGAGGGGGAGAAACCUGGACACCGGGGGGAGAAGCGAACCAGCGACCACCAGGAGCGGGAGAACAGGACCACCAGGAGAGGGAGAACCGGGGGAACACUUGUCGGGCUUUUGGAUAUGCCCGUUCUUUCGAUAAGGAACAAUCGACUCAUUUUCGAUAUUGUGUUUUACUCAGUUUUAGCCCUCUAUGAUAAUCGGGUCGCGGAAACUACCACACUAAUCGUAGAGAUUUCCCCCUACUUAUAA